CAUACAUAUUCUUGCUGUAAUUAUGGAAUUUCACACCAUUGCAUUUUGAAAUCAUGUGUAUUAUUUGCUGUUUGCGUUAUCAAACAUGUUUGCCUGUCGUGUCAAUGGGCAUUGUCUUCCCUAAACCAAUAACGAUGGAUCAUAUUGAGAGACGCCGUGUCGCAAUGUUGACGCUACUCAGUUUUUGCAAUGAAACGUGGCUGGCUGUAGAGAUAUGGGUUAUUCGCUGUCACAAAGGCAAUUCAGCUUAUUUAUGUAGAUCAUUAAAACUGUCUGCGUUUGCGAUUUCAUGGUAGCGCAAUGCGCAUUUUGGGCAUUUUGAGCGCAUUUCAAAAGUACUUUAAUAUUUUGGAGCAGUCCGCUGCCUCCUUCACCGUAAUAAACCCAUGAUAAACUUAAAGAGACAACCUGCUGUUUUUGACGCACAACGGCGUUUUGGAAGCUCCUGAGCAUCGUGGCUUACAGCAUUCCUCUGUUUCAGGGCAGACUAAUAAAUCGGCCAUCGGGUUAGUAGGCUUCUGCACAUUAUUACUCCGUCAUUUUGGGCAAAGAAGGCCCGUGUCCCACGACAUCUCUUCUCACUGCCCAUCAUAGUUUGCCUGUCAUGUUAUUUGCUUGUGUAUAAUCAUCACUCGCAUCAUAAUUGCUGGCAUCUACAACCUUACAUCUGGGCUUUAAUCUUGAGUGAUCCAUUGAAGCUAAGCCUUAGCACAUGUAAUCCCGCCGACAUUAAGUAUUUAAUUUUCGUUAAUCAUAGCCUGGUUUCUCGUCAGAUUGCGUUCUAAACACACAUGCAGAGUGACGUUAAACUGUUACAGGGUUCAAGCAUGUGCCUCUCAUGUCCUGUAACUGAUCGUUCAUUGGCGUGUGACAAAUGGUUCGACUUUGAUCUUGGCCAAUAGUCUUUGUCCGUGAUGAAGUUUGAAACAUCCUGGUUACACGCGUAGCCGACAUACAGGGGGACAUCUUUGUAAGCGUGCACUGUAUAGACGGAAUCUUAUGUUGGACAGACAUAUGAUUCAGAAUUCAGCGAAUUAUUUUUGCUCAACCCAGUGUUUGAUUAAAAAGAAAACCGUAUUUUUUUAGGGUGUAAGGUACUGAAAUCUUAGAGGUCAGCGCGAGUGGCAGCGCCGGCCGGCCGGCCCGUUUCUCCUGUGGCCUGAGACAGCUGGACGCAGCGCGGGCCGCCAUGCUGAGCAUUCUGGCUGCGGGCUCCGUCUUCUUCCCAGGCCUCUUCCUGCUCUCCAAGCAGUGCCUCAAGCGUAUCCCCGGACUCAGCUGGAGCGAAGGAGAUGCUGUGGUGGUGUCUGCCAGGUUGGUGUCCUCUAUCCAGGCCAUCAUGGCCUCCUCCGCUGGCUACAUCAUCUCCACCUCCUGUGAUGACAUCAUCGAGGACCAGCAUUGGCUGACCAGCGCGUACAUCCUGUUUGCUGUGCCCUACUUUGUCUACGACAUCUACGCCAUGUUCCAGUGCUACUGGCACAAGCUAAGGGUGAAAGGUCACGAGGUCGACAACGGCCCCAAGCCCAUGGGCGUGGCUUUCACCAGUUAUCUCCGCCGAGAGUUCCUCAUGGUCCUACACCACGUCGUCAUGGUCACCGUCUGCUUUCCUGUCUCUGUGUUCUGGAGACAGGGCCGUGGGGACUUCUUCCAGGGCGUCAUGUUCCUGGCUGAGCUCAGCACGCCCUCUGUCUGCCUCGGCAAGAUCCUCAUCCAGUACAAGCAGCAGAAUACUCUCCUGCACAAAGUGAAUGGAGUUCUCAUGUUGGUCACUUUCUUCAUCUGUCGAGUUCUUCUCUUCCCUUACCUCUACUACGCUUACGGCAGGUAUGCCUCUAUCCCUCUCCACCUGGUCCCCCUGUCUGUGCCGUGGCAGUGUAACCUGGGUGCUGCCUUCCUCAUGGCCCCCCAGGUCUACUGGUUCUCCCUCAUCUGCCGGGGGGCGCUGCGCCUCUUCAGGGGCUCGUCCUCGCGCCCCUCGCGCCCGUCCCGCCCCGCAUCGCCUCCCCCCAAACCAGAACACCCCGACGGCCACGCCCCCGCGUCAGCGCAGCCAUCCAACGGGUACAACGCUCGCAUGACUGAGCAUGAGUCAGCCAGGCCCACUCACUGAGGCCGGAGGAGAGGCGACAAGGACAGGAAUGACGGAAGGAAAGAAGGGAUGUGAGAAAGAAGAGAAGGAGAAGGACCGAAGGAGGAGGAGGACAAAUGGAAGAGAGGAAACUAAGAGACUGCACUGAGAGUAGACUUUCAAAACGUGGGCUGGGAUGAAGCUUAGAUGUAGUCGCACAGCCUUGUGACACCGCGCAGUACUCGUGCUGUUGUUCUUUAUAACGGCACAGCUGCUUUCAUCUGUGAAAACUCUCUAGGCCUCUGUCUUAAACCACCAAUCGGGUAGGAGGGAGUUUUCCCAGGGGAACAGGCCUGUUGCGGUCACACAUUUAACGUGCGUGGAAGAUGGGUGAAAAAACAAUGGAUUCAAAAAUAUAUAUAUGUGUGUAUAUACAGCAUAUUCCAUGACUUAUCUAACAUGUAUGUACAUUUAAGCGUAUGCCCUUGUCCAGGCCAGGGUUUCUGAAGCGGACAUGACUAACCUAAGCUAAGCUACGGCCUCCGUAUACACACACACACACACACACACACACACACACACACACACACACACACACAAAUACACACACACACAAAUACAUACACACACACACACAUAUACACGUAAACUCACACACAUAUAAACACACAUACACACACACACACAGACACAUAUUUACAGUAGGGAGUAAGGUGAACUGUGGUUAAGGUGAACUGGAUUGAAGCCGAGUUAGAAUGUAAGAGCUCGUGCCCUCGUGGGACCUGACUGUAACAUCCGUAUUUACUGUAUCUAUGACAACGGGCAACGGUGCACAGAUGCUGGUAGGAGGUAAACAAGGACUAAAGGGUGGGGGGUAAAGGGAACCUAACUAGGCAGCACUUUGGAUUACUGAGCUGAGGGGAAGGGAAGGAAGGGGAGGGGUGUUUGAUGGAGCUCUGGUGUCAUACACCACUUGAACAAAAAAGGCGCUGUACUCAAGAUCCACACACCUCUUGAUGUAGGUUGCACAGAGUGGAUUCCUGCCCCAGGAGCAAGGGGUUGGAGCCUGGUCAAAGCUGUGAAGCUCGUGGGAGAGAUGGCGGAGUGAGUGAGCUACUGUAGAUCCACACGCCACACAAGAGGGUGUUCCUACUCCCGGCUCUCUGCGGUGGGUCUGACAUGCCGUGGUCUGUGUCACAGGCACAUUCCAUGGGUGUCAGACUGCAUGGUGAAGAGACCACAGCAAAAACACCAAAGGGGGGGGGGGGGGAGUUAUGGUGUGAGUUGGAAUUUGGAGACUAAAUACAGUACCAAUAAACAGUAUCCAUCCAAUGUAACGAAAUCCUGUAGGAAGCUCAGGAUUUAGGAAUGUAUUAUUUUGUAUAUGCUAGUGCAUUGUUUCUAGAUGGCCUGUUCAACUUAGUAAAAUGCAGCCGGAAACAAAACAAAAAAAGUUACAAAAGCUAAGCAAGUAUUUCAGUCUCCUACAUAAAUGAUAGUUCCAGUCAUUUGAACUCAUUAAUGGAGGCUAGAGGGGGAUUUUCUUGCGGAUGGCGUUAUUGCGCCGCCUUAGCCUUGAACCCAUUUUAGACUUUCUACUUCACCCAUCCAGUGGUUAUCGUCUCAGUUCAGGACGCAAUAAGAGAUGUGACUGAUGUACAUAGCAGCUGUAUAAUAUGGUAAGUUUUUAGUUAUUUCCACAUUGUUAAUUUUAGUAUUUAUGGCUAAUUUAUGUGAUAAUGUUUUAGGCAUCUUAUAUUUCGUUAUUCAUUUUAUUUAUUUGUGUUGAAUAGGUUUUGCUUAUAGUUGAGUUUCCCAUUCUUUUACCAGUUGGAACUUGUGUAGCUACAUCUGUCAGGUUGUGCAAACUACCGAAUAGUUGGACUACCUUCCACCGUCGCUGUUGUAGCCCCACAGUCAUUGGUCGACACGGCCAUGGUCUCUCUUGUGACUCUUGGCUGGAGUCAGUCGCCUUCAACAGAAAGGGAUCAAUUCUCUAGGUUUGAAUUCUUCAGUUUGUUUGGUUUACCCACAAUCCUCAGCAGUUCUACCCUUCUCCGAUUCUCAUUGGUCGUUGAGAAUAGCAAGUGUAAUGUUGAGAAGAAAAAAAAUGAUUCUAAAAACUUUUCCCCGUCCUGUCUUCGUAACAUGCUUGUUGUUGACAGUUAUCCUGAAUGGAGAUACUAUUGCAGAAGGCAUUGGCCUAUUCCGAUUCUCAUUGGUGCAGGUAGAACUAUACAGAAAUGACCAUCUCACACACAGUACUGUAUACUCCUCUCCUCAUAGCCUUGUUAUGUAUUCAAUGAGUUCUGAUUAUUUAUUUGUUCAUUGGUGAUUUUGAAUGUGCAUAUGUACACACAUUUGUUAGAAAAGACAAAAUGUUACCCUUCAGUUCAACUAUAUAUGACAGCUUUGAUGUUAUUCAAACAUGAAGCAAAAUAUACUCUUAUAUCCCA